AUGACGUGCUCCAGACCCACUACAAAGUCCAAUUUCGAGUCGAUAAGUGAUGAAAUAAUUGAUAUUAUAUUUUUAGCAGCAGAAGAUAAACUUCGUAUACUCUUGAAGCAUGCAGUAAAGGUAGCGAAAAGUCGUGAACUUGUCGAACGUCAGUUCCAUGAAUCACAUUGUGAACUUGCACGUCAAAUGAAAUUUAUUGAAACGUUGGAAAUGAAGCGUUAUGAUGAUACGUCGCAAUUUAACGAUGCAACGCAGCAGGGAAGCGUGGAGAGCAUAGAAAAGAAACAAGAAAUACAUACUCAGAAUGAGCCAUUCACAGAAGUAAACAAAGUACCUUCCCAGCAUACUCACAUAGCAAGGGGAGAUCUGCUAGCUGUUAUUGAUGCAGAUCCUUCUUAUCGCAGGUUUCGCUUCACACAUCAUCUCCGCCUCAUGUGA